AUGGACGAGGUUGUGGUAAAGAGGCAGGGGUCGGGGAUGCAUCCAGGACAUGAGGUUCCACACUUGCUGCUUGUCUGCCGUUUCAUGGAUGAUGGUGUCAUAGUGGGUUCUUUGCGCCUCGCGGAUAGUUUUGGAGCGCUGGUUGAUAUAGGGGAUGGUCACAUGGGUGGCAAAGGCUUCAUCUAUCCUGAAGAAUAUUGUGUCGCAGAGGCGUUGUGUGUCUUUGAUGGAUUCCAGAGGAGGGGGUGGAUUGAGGCCAGAGAUGGCCAGGACGCAGUCCGCGAAGAACAUCUGUUCUGCAUCAGAUUUCCUCUUUAUGCGGGGAAUUCCGGGGGGCAGUUGGAGGCUUGUGUCAAUGGACAGGAGCAGGGGGUUGUGGUCGGACAGGAGCCGGCCAUUGGGGUCUAUGGAAAAGAUAGUAGUGGGUGCCUCUGCAAUGCGUCCGGCAACGAAUAUAAGAUCAAUAACGGUAGAAGCGCACACUGUCUCUCAAGCAUGUGGCAGGACGUGAACAUGUGCAUUGAGAUAAUGCAGGGCGGUGCAAUCAGCGUCAUUAUAGACAUUCAAGAUAUAUAG